UCUGAACAAGGCGCUUCCCCGCAAUCAUGACUAGCAGAGGGUAUUUAGAGGGCGCACGCCAAUGAUAAAUGAAGAAUAACAAAGACAUAAAAGACCAAAAGCCAACUCAGAAUUCAACGUCGACAAGAAACAUCAUCAACCUCACUCAUAUCAGUCAUGUCUUCAACCACCACCAUUCAAGCCCAAAGCGGCACCCUCACCAUCUCCCCCAACUCCAAACCCACUCACGGCCAUGAACUCAAAGAUAAAACCCCCCUUCAAGCAAUGUCUCACGGCGACGUCGUCCUCCGCGGCAUCCCCACGCACCCAAACUUCGCCUCCCAGCGCCAAUGGCAGCUCGAGCAUAUGGCCGCCGCCUUUCGCCACUGGCACCGCGAAGGCUACGUCGAAGGCAUAAGCGGUCACAUUUCCGUGCGCGACCCCGAAUUCACCGAUGCUUUUUGGACGAACCCCCUAGGCCGCCACUUUGGCCUUUUGAAAGUCAGCGAUAUGAUCCUUGUCAAUCUGAAGGGGGAGGUCAUUGGGGGAAACCGUACGCGACCGCCUAACUCAGCGGGGUUUUUGAUCCAUGCUUCUAUUCAUAAGGCGAGGAGCGAUGUUCAUGCUAUUUGCCACUGUCAUAGCAUUCAUGGAAAAGCUUGGUCUGUGUUUGGAAAGCGUCUUGAGAUGUUGACGCAAGAUGUGUGUAAAUUCCGAGGAGAUGCGCAUAGCGUUUAUGAUAGUUACGGCGGUGUUGUUUUGGGAAGUGAAGAAGGAGACCGCAUCGCAGCAGCAAUGGGACCCAAAGGCAAAGGCUGCAUCCUGCGAAACCACGGUAUCCUAACCGUUGGACAAACCGUGGACGAGGCAGCGUGGCUGUAUACGUCUAUGGAGAGGAGCUGUCGUGUUCAGCUUCUCGCUGAGGCUGCGGCGGCGAAUGGCUUGCCAAAGGUGCUGAUUGACGAUGAGGAGGCCAAUUUCAACUUUGAUGUUGAGAGUGAUCCUGAGAUUUGUUACUGCGAGUUUCAGGCUUACUACGAUUUGGAGGAUGAGCUGUCCAAUGGGGCCUUUAAGAACUAGGAGAAUGGGAUGCAGGUCUAUCAUAUUUCCUGUCCAGUGUUGAUCUCUUCUUAAUGAAGUCCCGCUAAUGCCCUCCACUUCUAUAACAAUACAUCGUGACAUGGGGCCUGCACCCAUGUUACGCCGUCCCCGAUGCUCCAAGUGCUUCGUACGUCCCGAAACUUGGCCUUUUUAUUCCCUGUUUGCAUCGAUGGGAGUCAUGCACCUUGUGGUCCGGUUCGACCAUGCUUGUAGAACGACGACCGCCGCACAUGAUGAAAGUCUAAUUGAGCUAACCUUUCUUGGCCGUGGGAUUGGAGCAUCUUAUACGCCUCAAGGCCGGUUAAGAAGUCAUCAUUUGCGUUUUUAUGUAGCAAUUAGUCAGUAAACAUGGUAUUGAUGUCCAA